GCACAGUGAAAAUUAAAUUAACUUUUGUUAGUAACAAGGAAUUUAUGGUAAGUUAAUUAUUAUGAUAACAAAUAAAAUAAUGAACCAAUAAUGAAUAAACAGUUGGUAGAAUUCCAAGAUUAUGUAGUAAAGGCUAAGAAGAUAGUAGCAUUGGUAGGAGCCGGAUUAUCAGUUUCAUCUGGAUUACCAACAUUUCGUGGAUCACAAGGAUUAUGGAAGAAUUUCAAUAUGAUUGAUUUAGCAACUCCUGAUGCAUUUUAUAUUGAUCCAGGAUUAGUAUGGCAAUUUUAUUCUUGGAGAAGAUAUGGAGCAUUAAAAGCUAAACCAAAUAAGGGUCAUUAUGCAUUAAGUAAAUUAUCUCAAUAUCAAGAUAUUGAAUAUAUUACAAUUACUCAAAAUGUUGAUGGAUUACUGAGUCGAAGUAAUCAUAAAAAAGAUAAUUUAUAUGAAAUUCAUGGAUCUUUAUUUGAAUUAAAAUGUACUAGUUUUAUGUGUAAUUAUGUUGAACGAGAUAAUUUUCAUAAUCCAUUAACAGAAGCUUUAAGAGAUACUGAAUAUGAAUUUGAUAAACAAAAUCGAAAACGUUCAUUAGAUACUGGUGAUGAAGAUGUUACUGUAUCACCUCAAUUCACUCCAGUUAAACAAUUAGCAGAACUGGAUUUACCUCAAUGUCCAGUAUGUAAAGAUGGAUCACUUUUACGACCUGGUGUCGUAUGGUUUGGAGAAUCAUUACCAUUACAAUUAUUAACAAGAAUAGAUAAUUUUAUUGAGUCUGGUAACUCAGUGGAUUUAAUAUUGGUUAUUGGAACUAGUGGUACAGUAUAUCCUGCCAAUAGUUAUGUCGAUAGAAUUAAAUUAAAAGGUGGUAAAGUAGCAAUUUUUAAUACUGAUAUAGAACCAGAAAUAUUACAGGGUAAAGUAGAAAAUACAUGGGGGUUUAAAGGUGAUGCAGCUGAAUUACUUCCUUUAGCAUUAAAACCUUUAAUAGGUGAUUUAUAAAUAUAUCAAUGAAUAAAUUGGGAGGAUGUAUACAAAUACAUACAAUGUAUAUACUUAUAUAAUGAAUUCGUAAGUGUCAUUAUCGUAGA